AACAACAACAUAGCAAACAUACUAGUGCGAAUAAUAAUUAUCUAAUAACAAUUUUGUUCGUUUUUCUUUCUCCAUCAUUAAAGGAUCUCAUCAUUGUUUCAUCAUCUAAAUAAUAAUGUCCUAUCGUCAAAGUCAAUAUCAAACUGAUAGUAGUCGUAGUCACCAAAUUGAUCAAGAUGCAGCACAUUUUGGUCCAAUAGCCAAUACAAUAAUAACAACAUUAUCACAGGAUAAUCUAUUCUGGUUAUGUUUAGUUAUUGUUGAAAUAUUGGGUAUUAUAUUAUUAGUCUGUUCAAUAUUAUGGAUGAUACAGAUCGGUGGAUUUGGUUUUGGUGAUAAUAUUUUCAAUUUUCAUCCUGUUUGUAUGACAUUGGGCAUGAUAGUUUGUAAUGCUAAUGGCAUUUUGACAUAUCGUGCAGCAAAAAAUUGGAGCUAUAAACAACAGAAAACAUUACAUUUAAUAUUACAAUCCUUUGCUAUUAUUAUAUCAUGGAUCGGUGUGGCCAGUGCAUAUAUAUUUCAUUAUCAUAAAAAUAUACCACAUUUUUAUUCAUUACAUUCAUGGUUGGGAAUAACAGCAUUAGUUGGUGUUACCGUUAGUGUUAUUACAUCAUUUUUAACAUUUUAUUAUCCAAAAGCAUCGGCUGUUUAUUGUAAAUUAACACUUCCUUUUCAUAUAUUUGGUGGUAUUACUAAUAUUGCUUUGUCGGCCGGUAUUUGUACGAUUGGUAUUACUGAAAAGGCAAUUUUUAGCUUAAAUAAUAAUCCUGAUCCAAAUCAAAGAUAUUCAUCAUUACCAUCGAUAGCAAUAUUAUUGAAUAUGUUUGGCAUUGUAUUGGUCAUAUUUACUAUAUUGGUCGUUUGGAUGGUUACAAAACCAGAAUUUAAACAUAAAUAUAAACAAACAUUAGAUUCACAUUAUGCAUUACGUCGUCAGACUACAUUAGAAUAAACCAAACAACAAUUUCUAUUUUAGUUUGAAAAAUGAAAACUUGAUUUCAAAAAUGGGAAAAUAUCAUGCCAACAUUAAGAAGAUAAUAAAUUAUGUCGAAAACAAAACAAAAAUUGA